AUGGAGGGGGAGCGGUACGCGACGGAGCGGACCGACCUGACGUUCCGGCCGAUGCGGCGGAAGGAGGCCCUCGACUCGAAGUCGAAGAUGAAGCGGGCGAUGGAGGACGAGCGGUUCACGGCGGCGCGGUACCGACCGAUGCGGCGGAAGGAGGCCAAGCUGGCCCUCGACUCGAGGUUCAUGACCCCCAUGCUCACGGACCCCAUGUUCGGUUCUUCGGAGGCGCCGGUGGACAAGCGCGGCAGACGCCGCAAGAAGAGCGCCAGGGACAGGGAGAACACCAUGCCGCAUUACUAUCUCAACCAAGAGGAUGGGGGCGAGGAAAAGAUGGAACAAGAAAAGCUGAUUUGCCAAGAGGAGGAUCAUGAGAUGCAAGAAGAGGAUGGACUAGAAGAAGAAGAGAGUUCUACUAGCGAUGACGAGGAGGACGACGACGAUGGCCAGUAUUCUGUGGGCUGUGACAUCGUUCAUUACUUGAUGGCGAGGCAUGAUGAUACACAUGUGAUCGACAAGGAAACUCACAGGCUUGCUGUUGUCAAUAUGGACUGGGAUCAUAUUAAGGUGUGUGACUUGUAUAUGGUCAUGACAUCUUGUAUCCCCAAAGGUGGGCGAGUUCAAUCAGUCUCGAUAUAUCCAACAGAAUUUGGACUGAAGUGCAUGAACAUUGAGACAAUUCAAGGCCCUUCUUCUCUUAUUGGUGCUGAAUGUGAUGGUUCUGAUGAAGAUGGUGGGGAAGAUGAUAACAACGAUGAUGAAGAUGACGAUGAAAAACAAGAUGGGGACCUUGACUCUAAGACUGAGAACAGCAAGCUCCGUACUUAUGAGCUAAACAAACUCAGAUACUACUAUGCAGUUGUGGAGUGUGAUUCUAGUGCAACUGCAAAUCACCUAUACACAACUCUUGAUGGUACCGAGUUCUUGAAAACGGGAAAUGUGUUUGAUUUGCAAUUUAUUUAUGACUCUAGGGAGUUCAAAUAUCCUGCUCGUGAUGUAGCUACAGAGGCACCUCUGAGUUACAAGGCGCCUGAUUUUGAGACUCCGGCUUUGCAACGUGCCAAAGUUAAGCCCACCUGGGAUGAUGAUGAACCAGGGCGUAAGAUCUUGAGGCAAAAGUUCAAAGAUAAGCGGGGCGAAAGCCUUUUUAGGUAUGGCUUUGAUAAAUAUAUAGCAAGUGGUGAGGGUGCAUCAGAAGAUGAUAAACAUGAUUCUGGUGAUGAGUCUCUGCCAAAUGGUGUAGCGAAAAGGAGGUUAACAAAUGAGGAAAGGUUGGAUUGUUUGCUACAAGGAAAUAAAUCUGACGAGGAACAAACGGAUGACCAGGACAUGGAGAUAACAUUCAACAUAGAGCUCGAGGACCUCAACAAACGUAUGCUAGAGAGAAAUAGCAUUGAGACGAAGACUGUCUGGGAGAUGCACCAAGAAGAAAUGAAGGAGAAGCGGAAAGCUAGAAAGAGGUGGUCAAAGGAUGAUGGUGGCUAUAGCGACCAAGAUAGAGCUGAUGAUUUCCUUGACGAUGAAAAGUCGGAUGAAGAAGUUAAACCCAUGAAGAAACCGAAGGUGAAGGCUAAAGGGAAAGGAAAGGACAAGUCUCGAGAGGAACAUUAUGAGCCGGAAGCAACUAAAGAAGAGUUGGAGCUCUUGGUUGCCGUUGGCCAGGAUGCAGCCAAUGGUGCAAAGGGCUAUAACAUAAAAUGCAAGAGUAAGAAGGGCAAGGAUUCUGUCGAGGACAAACUUGGUGAAAUCGAUGUGAGCAAAGAUGAGAGGUUCUCGCCCAUGUUCACGUCUCACCUGUAUGCAUUGCAUCCUAGUCCUACUGAUCCCCGGUACAAGAGGAGUGUGCGAAAACAAGCUGGGAAGAAGAGUGGGCAUGUAGGCACAUUGGAUAGUGAAGCACCCGUGGAGCCACCGGAUGAUGCAUCUCUUCCCAACAAGGCCAGUCGGAAACGAGACGCCGAGGAUCUGCAGAUGCUGUCUGCUGUCAAUUCUCUCAAGAGAAAUCUUGUUGCCUUCGUUCAUUCAAAAGAGCAAGCAAGAGUCUGA